AUGACUGAGGUUGAUCAAAGAGGCAAACAGACCAUGGAAGAGGCACUCUCUGGGGAAAUAGGUGCCGAUACACAACAGCAGAACAACACUCGUGAUGUUCUUCCUUUUGCUAGAAGUUAUCAACUUGAAGCUUUGGAUAAUGCUUUGCGUGAGAAUACCAUAGUGUACUUGGAGACAGGUUCCGGAAAGACUUUGAUAGCUAUCAUGCUACUUCGCAGCUAUGCUCAUCAUCUGAGAAAACCUUCUCCUACUAUUGCAGUGUUCUUGGUUCCCCAAGUUGUGUUGGUCUCUCAACAAUCUGAAACCGUGAAAAAGCACACCGAUUUGAAAGUGGGAACGUAUUGGGGAGCCAUGGGAGUUGACUUCUGGGAUGCUGCUACCUGGAAACAAGAAAUGCAGAAACAUGAGGUAUUUGUUAUGACUCCUGCAAUACUGCUGAAUUGCUUGAGGCAUAGCUUCCUCAAACUGAAUAUGAUAAAGGUUUUAAUAAUGGAUGAGUGCCAUCAUGCUAGGGGUAAACACCCUUACGCCUGCAUCAUGACUGAAUUUUAUCACCACCAACUAAAUUCUGGUAUCACUGAUCUCCCUCGAAUUUUUGGGAUGACUGCAUCUCCAAUUAAGUCGAAAGUUGGAAAUUCUGAAUUAUCCUGGUCAGAGAAUAUUCGGAAACUAAUGACUCUAAUGCAUUCUAAGGUAUAUACAUGUGUAAGUGAAGCUGUCCUCGCUGAGUUCAUACCAACAUCAACACCAAAAUUCAAGUUUUAUAGGAACAAUGGAGUUCAAUUUGCAUUAUUUGAAGAAUUAGCAUUGAAACUCAAGAUGUUGAAAGAGCAGCAUGAACUCACUCUAAGUUGUUCAGAUUUUACUAAAUCAGCUGCUGAGUCUGCACAAAAAAGAAUAACAAAGAUUUUUUGUGCUUUAAUGUUUUGCCUGGAUGAGCUUGGUGUGUGGUUGACUUUGAAGGCUGCAGAGUCUUUAUCUUCCUGUGACUUCGAAUCAUUUUCAUGGGGACAUUCCUGGGAUAGAGUUGUUAAAAACUUUAUUUUGGCUUGUGUGCAGACACUGAAAAGUUGCUUACCAUGUGAUCCUCAGUGGUCUAUUGGCGACAAUAUUAAAUCCGAUGUGGAGAUGGGGCUGUUGACCUCCAAAGUUUGCUGUCUUAUUGACUCUCUACUUGAGUACAGAGAUUUGACGGACAUAAGAUGCAUAAUUUUUGUUCAAAGGGUCAUUACAGCCAUUGUCCUUCAGGAUCUAUUGAAUACCUUACUUCCAAAACUCAAUAGCUGGAAGACUAAAUUCAUCGCAGGACACAAUUUUGGAUUGCAAAAUCAGUCUAGGAAAAAACAAAAUGAAAUUGUGGAAGAAUUUCGAAUGGGAUUGGUUAACAUCAUUGUUGCAACAUCAAUUCUUGAAGAGGGUUUAGAUGUUCAAACUUGCAAUUUAGUUAUUAGAUUUGAUCCAUCUCCUACAGUGUGUAGUUUCAUACAGUCCCGAGGACGAGCCAGAAUGCAAAAUUCAGAUUACAUAUUAAUAGUUAAGAGUGGGGAUUCAGUUACAUGUUCUCGUCUAGAGAAAUACCUUGCGAGUGGGGAUAUUAUGAGGAAGGAGUCUUUGCGUCAUUCUUCCCUUCCACGUGAUCCGUUAGAAGGUGAUCAAUUUGACGAGGAAACUUAUCGUGUUGCAAGCACUGAUGCCUUUACAAAUCUUAGUUCUAGCAUUAGUUUGAUACACUUGUAUUGCUCACGGCUCCCUUCAGAUGGGUACUUUAAACCAGCUCCAAGGUGGGACAAAGAGACUGGAACAUUGUAUCUUCCUAAGAGCUGUCCUCUACAACCUAUUCGUCUAGAAGGUGAUAAAAAGAGCUUAAAGAAUAUAGCAUGCCUUGAAGCAUGCAAACAACUUCAUAAAAUUGGAGCUCUGACAGAUAAUCUUGUUCCUGAUAUUGUCGUUGAAGAAGCAGAGGUGGAAGAAUUUGGUAAUGAGCCUUAUGAUGAAAACCAACCAAUUUAUGCCCCAUUUGGAUUGGUAAAUUGUGUGACAAAUAAUAGUCACACAACAUACUAUUGUUAUUUGAUGGAGUUCGGUCAAAAUUUUAGCUAUCAUACAUCUGUGCAAGAUAUUUUUUUUGCCGUAAGAGUAGAGCUUGAUCCAGAAAUUGGAUGCGCACAGUUUGAUAUGGAUUUUGACAGAGGUAGCGUCUCUGUAAAGUUAAGAUACAAAGGAACCAUUAAUCUUUCGUCAGAUCAGGUUCUUUUGUGUAAAAAAUUCCAGGUUACUUUGCUUAGAAUUCUGAUACAUAAUUCUAUGAGUAAGUUCACAACUGGUUUGGACAAAUGCUUUUUGAAAGAUGAUCUUGAGAUUGAUUAUCUUCUGCUUCCAGCUACUGGUAAACGGCCAAAUUCAAUUAUUGAUUGGUUAAUUGUUAAUUCAGUUUUGGAAGCAAUCACUACGAAAAGAUGCCAAGAGAUUUUUCAUUAUGAGUCUCUAGAGACUCUUGGUGAUUCUUUUUUAAAAUAUGCUGCUAGUCAACAGCUGUUUAAAUCCUAUCAAAAUCACCAUGAAGGUCUCCUUAGUGUGAAGAGGGAAAAGAUCAUAUCUAAUGCCGCCCUCUGUAAGUUAGGGUGCCGUUGUGGACUUCCGGGCUUCAUACGAAAUGAGCCUUUUGAUCCUAAUGCCUGGAUUAUUCCUGGUGAUAAAUCUGAAAGUUUUAAACCCACAGCGUUGGUUACCGGAGGGAAGAAAUUUUAUGUUCAUGGAAAAAGAAAAUUGAAACGGAAGAUCAUUGCUGAUGUUGUUGAGGCACUAAUUGGAGCCUUCCUGAGCACUGGUGGUGAAAAAGAUGCAUUGCUGUUUAUGGAUUGGAUUGGUAUUGAAGCGAAGUUUGAUAAAAUACCAUAUGAGAGGCAUUUUGACAUUCAACCAGAGAAACUGGUGAAUGUGAGAUUUCUAGAAUCUCAAUUAAAGUACUCAUUUGUUGACCGUUCUCUUUUAGUGGAAGCUCUAACCCAUGGUUCCUACAUGCUGCCUGAAGUUCCUAGAUGUUAUCAGCGACUAGAAUUUCUAGGAGACUCAGUAUUGGAUUAUUUGAUAACAUGGCAUUUGUACAAUAAAUAUCCUGGCAUGUCCCCUGGUCAGUUAACUGACAUGAGAUCAGCUUCUGUAAAUAAUGAUUGUUAUGCAUGGUCUACCAUCAAGCAUGGAUUGCACAAACAUGUACUACAUGCCUCACAAGAACUGCAUAUGCAUAUUGCUAUUACACUUGACAAUUUUGAGAAGUUGCCUUCAUCAUCAACUUUUGGAUACGAGUCAGAGACAUCACUCCCUAAGGUACUUGGAGACAUUUUAGAGUCUCUAGCUGGAGCGAUACUCGUUGAUUCAGGAUAUAACAAGGAGGUUGUGUGGCAAAGCAUCAGGCCACUUUUGGAACCCCUUGUAACACCUGAAACAUUGAAGCUCCAUCCCAUCAGAGAGUUUUAUGAAGUGUGCCAGAAAAGAAGCUAUAAAAUUAUAAAAGAUGAGGUGUCUCGAAAAGAUGGUGUGACCAAUUACAGAAUGGAGGUAGAAGCUGAUGGGGUCACUCACGAGUAUGCGUAUAUCGGUUCUGCUCUCAAGGACACAGCCAAGAAGAUAGUCUGCAAGAAGUUUUUGAAUUCCUUCAAGGUAGAAGAACGGUUGGGUGAAAAAGUUUGA